CGCGCGCUAAUGACGCGAAAAUCGUGCUCAGUAGGGAUGCACAAUGCAAUACUAAGGAACUGAUAAAUGUGAUAAAGUGCUCAUUUUUUUCUUCUUUCUACGAUGCACUUUGUAUCUUUUUUUUGUUAGGACCUCCUAGGAUUAACGUGACUACAGUGAUACCAUCAGUCACAUCUGUGCCACCUAGAAUACUGAACCACGUUUCACCAACUUCCGUAAUAUGUGAAAAAUACACGCUGUGUUGUCUUUGUUGCUACGCAACCAGUGAUUCUCCAGUUACCUACUCGUGGACAAAGAAUGGACAGGAUCCAAUUAAUGACGACAUCAAGGUCAUAAACAACAACAUGAUUUUCGUCACUCCUGGCAGUGCGCAGGAUUAUGGGGUGUACGUGUGCAACGCUUCAAACAGCUUUGGUAGUACAACCUGCGAAAUAACCUUAACUGAAUACCGAAAGUCAGCAACUAAAGCAACUACCAAGGGAGAGGACAGUUUUUCCAAUAUCUACCGUAUUAUUGUCAUCGCUUUGUCCUGCCUUGUUUUGGUGCUGCUUAUUGCAGUUAGCCUGCUGACAUGGCGCCUUAGACGAGCUGUGAAUAACAACAGAGAAAAGACGCCACGGAGGGACACCUCUGAUGAAGUCAAGCAGCAUGACUCAACACGUGACCAGUAUGUACCAGAAGAACUUUCAUAUAUGGAACUCAAACCUAUACCUUUGGAAGAGCUGCCACACGCAACUCAAAAUUAUCAGUCACUACAGGACGCAGUAACGUCCUCUGCAUAUUACAAUGCGGGAAUUAAACGUGGAAAUAAUAAUCAAGAAGACGAAAUUUACUAUGAAAUAGGAAAUGCCCAAUGCUAAUUUUUUCAUUUCCCACAGUUAGAUAACGAUACCUCAACUGAUCACGUAAUCACCUAUGCGAAUACAAUUAGAAUUGUCAUUCGCCUUGAAAGCCACAGCGUGUAGGCAUAGAACUAGAGGUUUUAGUGUAACAGUGGGUGUUGGCGAUGAAAAAGCCGUCAAAGUAAUGUACGAAGAGAGUGAGGUCAGUGGAGGAGAAGUGUAAGCAAUGUGAAGAGUGUUGAUAUUAAUAUAGAGUUGGAAGAACAUUUCGACUCAGAGGUCCGACAUUUUGCCUCAACGCGCAAGGAACAUUUAUUUCACGCCUACAUCCUUUUGUUUUCCGUGUACAUUGUCAAUUGUUUGGGGAAAAAAAAUUAUAGUGAUUACAGCCUGGCUCGUUUUGGAUGGUCCGAGCGACCAACAGAAACAGGGCCUGUAGGCCAUGUGGUUUUGUAGAAUUCUUUUGUAGAAUUUUUUCAUGCGGAUGUUGAGGAACAAAUGGGCUGAGAAAAAGAAUGAAAAAUUAACAAAUGCGUGGAGUGAACUAGCACUGCAGAAACGGGAAACUUAAAACGCUUCGGUAGAAAAUGGGUGAAAAAGAGGAAAAGCCAAAGGGGCUGUUCCAGAGAAUAACCAUUUAUUACAAUGGCAUGAUAAACUAGAUGUGUUACAAGAAUAAGAAAUCAGUAAAAUUUGCAACACUUAUUGUAUAUAUCUCACUGAUUCAAUACCGAAUACAAUGUAAUGACUGCAUUAAUAGAAUUCCCAAAAUGUGUCAUUGGCUCUCAGUCUUCCAGAUUUAAAAAAAAAAUAUGUAGACAUAAAGCAUGGGUCGUUAAGUUGAGCAUUUGAAAUGU